AUGGCGGAAGAAGCUGAAAGCAAGCCGGUGGUCUUGGUGUUUACCGGCAAUUCCAACACGGGUCAUGAGACUGUGAAGGCGUUGCUGGCCAAGUAUGGCGACAAGAUCAAGGUCCGCGCUGCUGUACGCAAGAUGGAUCGCGCUCGUUUGCUCGAGCACCUUGAUGUCGAGAUUGUGCGUGCGGAUGUGGAUCAGCCAGCUCUUCUCAGCAAGGCUUUUGACGACAAGGUCAACGCAGCCUUCUGGGCCACCCCGACCGCGCCCGACCGUGUGACUCCCACAAAGAAAUUCAUCGACGCCUGCAUCACCUAUGGCGUGGACUUUCCCGUCAUCAUGAGUGUCCUGGAUGCCGACAAGCAAGCCAUUGAAUAUCAACGCCAGUUUUCGGCCAUCGAGGACUACUGCAAGGCCAAGGCCGGUACCCCCGUCAAAAAGCAACUGGGUGAUACAGGCAAACAGGUGCUGCGGCCCAUUAUCCUACGCUCGGGAUUCUUUUACCAAAAUUUCUUCGGGAGCCUUGGCUCCAUGGCCUCGGGCACACUCUAUUACCCGCUGGGCAGUGGCGGCGCUGCUGGCGCUAUCCCACACAUUGAUCUUGAGGACAUUGGCGAGAUCGUCGCCAAACUGUUGGUAGAUCCCGAAGAGCACGGGGGUCGCACCUACAACCUGAUUGGUGAAUAUCAAGCUGGCAACCAAAUUGUGCGUUUGUCGGCAACGGCCAUCUCCAUGAGCACCGGGCACAACGUUGCCUAUGAAAACGUGGACGAAGAAACGGCCAGUCUUGCGUUUCAAGCCCUGGGACUGCCAGAGUGGCUUGCUCGAGGCAACGUCGAGAUGCUGUCGUAUUUUGUGCAAGACCAUGGUCAGGAUCUCUCCUCUGAUACUGCUGCCUUGCUGGGACGUCCCCCCACCAAGUUUGCCGCCUUUGCAAAGAAGCACAUCAAACCCCUUUUGGACCAAUAA